AUGGCCACAGGUCUCGCGCAAAGGGAGUCUGUCGAUCCCAGCGCAAUGCCGAUGUUUCUCUACAAGGAAUUGGGCUUUCAAGCCUUUGCCAGUACAGAUGACAAGCGAAACCUAUGUCUCCUGCUAUUCUCGCGCUUCGUCCGCAUGUUCGCAUUUGGCUCGAUCGCACCCAUCUUGGUUCUUCAUCUGCGGCUGCUCGGCUUCCCAGACAAGCUCGUCGGACAAUUCCUCUCGUUGACGCUGCUCGGUGAUGUGCUCGUCAGUCUGACCGUCACCUGGACUGCCGACAAGCUGGGACGACGGAAAUUAUUAGCAGCAGGCUCCUUGCUAUUCGGCAUGUCUGGCGUCGUCUUCGCGCUCUCAACGGACUUUGUUCCGCUGCUGAUCGCUGCUGUUCUGGGCGUCAUCAGCGUGAGCGGCAACGAAGUCGGGCCAUUCGCAGCUCUCGAGACAUCCAUUCUAUCGCAAAUCCUCAAACCAGGCGAGCGUGUCUAUCUCAAUACCUGGUACCAGGCAGUCGGACAGCUCGCAACAGCUGCGGGCAGUCUCACGUCCGGCUUUGUGAUCACUCGUCUGGUUGAUGAUCAUCAUUGGCAGCUAGUGAAGGCCUAUCAAGCUGUAUUUGCGUUCAGCGCCAUACUGGCAGUGGUCAAAAUUGUUGCUUCCCUUGCCAUGAGUGUGGCAGCCGAGCUAGAGGACACCAAGGCCAGCGCCGAUACUCUCGUAGCGCCAGCGACCGCGCCAUCAGCGAGUGACGAGCGCACACCACUUAUCGCGCAAGAGAGCGCGAGAAGCUCGGUAGAGAACAUUGCAUCCUCUGUCGAAGCAGCAACUAUUGUACCAGCCAGAUCACCCUUGGGUCUCAUUGCGACUAUCGGACCUCUCUUUGCGCUCGAUUCUUUCGCAUCCAGUCUGAUUCCGACCUCAUUCGUAAGCUACUGGCUUCGGUUGACCUUCAAUGCACCCCUAGCGACAAUAUCCAGCGUCAUCUCUGCUGGCUUCAUUCUUGCGUUCACCUCUUCUUUCGCUGCCGGCUUUAUCAGUCGCAAGAUCGGACUCGUCAACACGAUGGUCUGGACGCACUUGCCUGCGCAGUUCAUGACCAUCUGUGUCGCUUUCACCACGCAGCUCCAGCUAGCGAUCGUACUCUUGCUCGCUCGUAUGACGCUUGCCACGAUGGAUGCUGCGCCCAAGCUCGCAUUCUUGGCAGCCGCUAUUCCUAAAGAGUCUCGCACACGCGUCAUGGGUACGGUCAAUGUUAUGAAAACGCUCGCUUCUGCCAUCGGGCCCAGUCUAAGUGGUUAUCUGGCAUCGCAAGGCCGUCUGAACCACAGCUUUGUCAUCUGCGGCAGCAUCAAGAUCAUCUACGAUUUACUGCUACUCUAUUGGGCUCGACAACUCGAUCUGCAGCCACGUGCACAGCGUCGUCUCGCUCCCAACGACGAAUCUGGGCAGCACGGCAAGGUGUGCUGGUAUUGCUGCAGCUUGGGUCUCGGCAAGAACAUGGACAGCAAUCUGGCGGAGUACGACGCUCAUCUUCUCGCGCUCGCCGUUCUGGCGCAAGACGGCUUUCUUGACGGCGUAGAGGAGGUGUACAUCGUCACAGACUCGAGUGCAGCACUGCAUCAGGCGAGACAGGCACCUCACAUCGAACUGCCAGCCAGGCACCAGAACGUUCGCGUCAUCCUGCGCGACAUACCCGGACACUUUGGCGCACUGGGCAACGAGCUUGCGGAUCGUUUCGCACAACGCGGCAGAAUCGGCAGACUCAUCAUCGACGAGCUAUCACACUUGCUUGUCACUUUCGCUCGCACUCGGUAUCUGCGCAAUCUUAUGAAUGCACCCUUUGAUGCAUCUACGGGGAUGAUCUCAACAUGA